GAGUGCUGCAUGUCUCAGUCCAACGAGAACAUCGCGCCGAGCGUCGUCAUGGCGGUGGCGAAAGAGCUGAGGAAGCUUACCAACGAGCCGCUGGAGGGCAUCAAGGUGCUCCUCAACGAGGAGGACAUCACCAACAUCGUCGCUGACAUCGCAGGGCCCGUGGCGACGCCCUUCCACAGCGGCACCUUCAAGGUGAAGCUGGUGCUGCCGAGCGACUACCCCGCCUCGCCUCCAAAGGGCUACUUUCUGACCAAGAUUUACCACCCGAACAUCUCAAAGGCUGGCGAGAUAUGCGUCAACACGCUGAAGCGCGACUGGAAGCAGGCCCGAGAUCGAGCCGAGAUCCACCGCCUCCUCCCCUCCGCCCCAUCGCAGGACGUUGGCGUCGGGCACGUGCUGCAGGUGGUUCGCUGCCUGCUCAUCAACCCCUUCCCAGAGUCUGCACUCAACGAGGAGGCGGGCAAGCUAUUUAUGGAGGACUACGACCAGUACUUCAAAAAGGCGCGCGCACGCACCGCACGCGCGCAACGCCGCACGCAAUGCCGUGAUGCACGCUCCGCCGCGGCGAUGAUGACGGAGGUGCAUGCGAGGGUAGCGGGCGCGGCGGGCGCGGCGGGCACGAGCGCGACGGGCGAGGGGGGGCCGGUGGAGAAGCGGCAAAAGCCAAUCGAGACCAAGGAGGCGGAGAAGAGGAGGCAGGAGAAGAAGAAGUCCAUCAAGCGGCUAUGAGGCGCAGCGAGGGACCGAGGGUGUGCGCGCCGUCUGGCCGGGCGUGGGGUUGCGACCAGGGGCCUUUUGGGACGUGCCGUCGAGAUGAUGUGCCGUUCGAUGCAUGUGGCGACGAUGAAGCGGCCGGCGCGGCAGGAGGUAGCCUCUUGCGUCGGCGGCCGGUGUACUUUAUAGGACUAGGCAGGCGACACUGCGACGCUGCGGGGGGGAUUCAAGCAGCGGACGAGAUCUUUGCGGGUAUCCUCACGCACACCGGGGGGCGCGCGCACAGUCACACACACACGUGCCGCUUGGUUUAGGUGUGUGUCCCGCCGCGCUCAAACCCCCCGCUCAGAGCCGCAUGUAAAGAAAGAGGACCGAGUCCGAGUACCGAGAUGCCGAGAAUAGAGUAACCAACGGGUAAUGAUUUUCCCAUCUGAU